UCUCGCUAACAAGUCCGAGAUUAAACUUGUGUACUUAGCAACAAUAUUCAUAGUCUGAGUGAAGAAGUGAAUGUUAUCGAAUAAUUUUUACCUUUCAUAUUAUGUUUUUAUUUAGUUUUUAAGGUUGGAAGAACCCUUAUUACACAUGGAGUCAAUAGGUUCUCUCGUGCUUUCGUGGGCUAAAGGCUAUGAUGGCAACAACACUCAUUUCAUAGACAAGAGCACCAUUUGCUUUGCCUGUGGCCAUAAUGUAACUUUUGUGAAAGAAAAUGGAGAGGAGAUGGUGUUCCCCAGUCCAGGAGAAGGUGUCGGUACCCUGGCUGUUCACAGUGUCAACAAAGUGUUUGCUUUCUCUGAUCUGUCACUGCCACCAAAGGUUUUUGUGUACAGUUUUCCAGGUUUGGAACAGAAAGCUGUUUUACAAGGUGGUGCCCAGUUGGAAUAUUCAGCCAUUGCUUUCUCAGCUAGUGAUUACCUAGCUACUGUCUCUGGUUUACCUGAAUUUGAACUUGCAGUAUGGGAUUACAUUAAGGGAAACAAGCUUUGCACUGUAAGUUUACCACAUAUCACCCCUACUGGUGUGUCUAUCAACCCAGCCAAGUGGAGACAGAUAUGUGUCACCACAGACAAUGCUCUUACACUUUACCACGUUGAACAAAGUGAUGAGCAUUAUUUGAUGAAGCCAAGUAAAACUAAUUUGCCAGUAGAAGAUUCAAUGGCAACAAUAGAGGAAGAAGGCCGCAUGCCUACUAGAGCAUCCACACGUUUGACCAAAAUGACUGUGGAACUGCCUAAGGCUGCUGUAGCUGGAUUGGUGGGAGAAAUGGCUGAGAGAUGGGAUGAUUUACAGGAUCAUAGGCCAAGGGUGGUCCCCAAAAGUCACUGUUGGACACCAGUUGGGGAUUUAUAUGUUGGAUGUGAAGGUGGACAACUUCUGAAGGUUGAUGGAGAAACCCAUGUAGCCAAAGUCAUGUAUACUCCUGGACCAAAAGCUGCAGCCCCUCCAUCUCGAGAACCAAGCCAGUCUUCAUUGAAGCUGACCAAAAAAGUUUCCAUGGCAGAUAUGGAUUUGAAUAGUGCCAUGAUGAACAUUGUCCCAGAAGGAGCAUUCAGGACCAUGGCUCUGCACAAGACUGGGCUGUUUGCUGGAGGAUUGGAUGGUACACUGAGAAAACUUGAGGUUAAAGGAGAUAAUGUAAAAGUGGUGGAAACCACACCUGUUGGUCUGCCUAUAUCCUCUAUGAGCUUCUCAUCAACCUUUAACAAGUUGGCUUUGGGUAGUUCAAGGGGAGCUCUCCAUGUGUAUGACUUGGAAAAUCCAGGCAGUACCAAAGAGAUCUUUGAUAUUCACCAUGGAAACUUUGUAGCAGUUGACAGCCUGGCUGGAUGUGACCACUGUGUGUCUGUGCGUGAAGAUGGUGAAUUACAAGUGUGGCGUGUUGAUACUUCCCAGAUGGAAGGUUUUAUUCCCAUUGGACAAAUGGCUACCAGUUUAGCUUGCAGUCCAUUGCUCCACAUGGCAGUGGUUGGAACAGAGCUGGGAUACCUAUUCUUCAUAGACCUUAAUGAUACAAAGAACCCAAGGCCUGUUUACCAAUAUAGAAUACAUACAGGACCAGUCAACCACAUUGUCUUUGAUAAAAAUGGUCGGUUCAUCUUCACAGCAUCAGAUGAUGGGAAUGUGUUUGUCAUUGAUAGCAGAGCUUCCAAGAAUUUUGAGGUUGUGGGGCACACUGCUGUGGCAGGAGAUGUACAGAGUAUAUCCAUGUUCAGUUCUGAGGGUUCUAGAGACAUCAAGGUGGUCGUCACUUCCAACAACACUGGACACAAGAGACUGGGAGCUACUAUUGCAGUUGUAUUUGACAUCACUGACAAGUUGACCAGAGACUUUAAAUUAGCGCAUGCCAGUCUGAAGAAGAACUUUAGAGAUGAUGCCAUCAACAAGAUGGUGUUGACUUUGACAGUGCCCUCCUAUGGUGCAGCCAUAACUAAUGGUGGGGUCAUGUAUACUAUCUCACAGACCAACAAGAUGAUACACAAGAUGAUCCUGCCUGAAGAACGUCCACCGAGAGAUGAGGCUGUCUUGAGUCAUGUCGGGGAAUAUCCAGGCCACCAGUUGCCAGGAGGAAGGCUCAUUAUGUCACCACACAACAAAUGGGUGGCAUCUUAUGGCCCUGAUGGAAAAAUUUACAUAAGAACAGUCGGAGAUAUGGACCACCCUCUGCAGCUGUCCCCCCAUGACUACCGGCAUGGUGGAGUGAGGCACAUGACUUUCUCUGGAGACAGUCAGAUGUUGUAUACUGUGGGAUACGAUGGAAUUAUGGCUUGUUAUAAGUGGAGGCUAACCCAAAGUGGUCAGGCCAAAGCAAAAUCAGCCAUUGAAUCAGCCAGGGCUAUCAGAACCAAUAAUAUGCAGACCCAGCAGACUGAGGAUGCUAUGCUGCAGAGUAUGAAGGAGUGGUCACCAUCCAGUGAGUCAAGGCCUGUCACCACUGCUCCUAAGGAGGAAACAGAACAACUGGAAAAGGAGCAGUCAACUGAGGAAGUCUAUACCACCCCUACCCCAGUUCCAGGUCAUGAUAGCACCUGGUUACAGGCACAAGAGCUUAUGUCAAUCAAAGAGGAAGACAAGGAAUAUGCAGAGGUCAAAAAGCAACUGAGGCUGGAAAUCAAAGACAUGAGAAAAACAAUUCAAAAGAUGAUGCAAGAGAAUGAGGGUCUUCCAGAUACUGAGAAACUUGGUAGACAUGAGUUUGAUCUUGAUAUUGAUGAGCAGAUCCAUCUGCAACAGGAGGCAGAUAAUGAAGUAGCAAGGAUCCGUGAAGAGAUAGAGUUUGAGGACUUGGCCAAGCGGUACGUGACCCAUAUCAUCAAGACAGAGUGCUGGGAUGAGAUGGUUGUCAAGGGAAGAAGCAUUGAGGCAUUUAUAUCCUCUUAUGAAGUCAGUAACUUCCCAAUGAAAAAGCGCUCAAAGCGUGAGCUAGAUGAACUUGACAAGGUAACCGCAAGAAGAGCUGUAGAGAUUGCAGAGGUUCAGUCAAGAAGAGAACUGACUGAGGUUUCACAGAAAACAGCUACUUUCAGUCAGAUGUUAAAGGAAUCUGCCAAUGAGACUGCACAGGGGACUGAAGAUGAGCUUAAUGAGACAGAUGAUGUUGAAGCUCAGUCAAAAGAUGACAGUGCUACAACUGGCAGUUUGAGUGCAAAGUAUGGAGGUGGCAGCAAAAUGCUGUACAGCCAGUUUGAACUCCAUACUAGAGAGCAAAAACAAGCUCAGAUCAUCCUUUUGCAGGAUGUAAUUCACAGAAUUAAGUUAGCCUUUAACAAAGAAUUUGAUGAAACCUACCAGAAAAAGGAACAGGAGGUUGCUAAGAUUAGAGACCGCAACAAGAGGAUCAGAAAGAUCUUGGAUGACUUGGACAUGGUGGAAACAGUCACAGACUUCUCAAUGAGUAUCUUGGAGAAGCCUGAGAGACUGCUUGUGGUAGAAGACAGUGAGGUUAAAGUAGAGAAGUACUACACCCCACAACAGAGGAAGAAACUUGAAGAGGAAGCUAGGAUAGAGGAAGAGAGAAGGGCAAGGGAGAAAGGAGACAAUGCCAGGGAGAGAGCUUUAGAUAUGAUGAUGGGAGGUGUCCUGGAGAUCAAGAAGGAGGAUGAACUGAAAAAGGAUGUUCCAAUUCCAGCUUUUAUUCAAACCAAACCAGAGGAUGACUGGACAGAGGAGGAGCAGAAAAUUGCCAAGGAAUAUGAGAAGAAAGUGAAGGAACUUCAGGAAGAGAGGGAAAAGUUUAGAAAGCAACUUGAGAUGGAGCUCAAGAAACUGCAGACUUUGAAUCAGGACACAGAAGAGAACUUUGAUGAGGCACUAAAACAGCUGUUUGUCAGGAGGGUCAAGACUGACAUGGUGAUAUAUCAGGAAGAGUUGAAGAUAUUGCGUCUCCAGUACUCUCUGUUGAUUGAGGAAGAGCUUGAAACAAGAGACAAGGAGCUCUGCAGAUUGCUGGAACAUAAGAAAAUGUUGAAAACUCUCUCUGCCCAGACUGUUGCUGAAGCCAGAAAGCAUGUGGAUGAGUUCAGAGAAAAAUAUGACAUCCUUGUGGCUGAAGACAAAGUGAUAGAUAAAGUCUUCAAGAGAGAAUUCAAUGAUGUGCCAGCUGUUCAGUUGGAUCAGCUUUACAAACUGUUCAGGAGACGACCAAGGGGUGGAAGAGUUAACUUGAAGGACAGGGAAACACCUAUUUAUGACCCAAAAUCUGGCAAUCCUUUUGCUGACCGCCCAUCAACAGCCAGGCAGAAUGCCAUGAACAAAGUUUCCAUGGAAUCAGCUCUCCAAGAACUGGACAAGGAGUCCAAUAUGCCAGAAGGAGUGCAGCUGUAUGUUUGGGAGAGAUUGUGCAGAUACAGGAGGCAGAAAAUUGACAGUGAGCAACUGGUCAAACAAAAGGCACUUGUUUUGGCCGAGAUGGAAAAUGGUUUUCUGCGUCGCAGAUUAGAUGAAGAUGAACAGCUGAAGAGAGACAUUGAGGAAAUCACCAUUGCCAUUGAAAAACUGAAGGAAGAUGUCAUUCAGUUUAAUACCAACCUUGAAGCCCAGCUGGUCCUGAAGCAGGGUCAAGUUGAAGUGGAUCCAGGGAAUUUCAUCCAUGAUUUCAGAGACAGCAUCCUUAUCCACAGGUCUGUGGUGGAGGAACUCAAUGGGAAGAUUAAGCAACUGGGAGAGGGCAAAAUAGCCAGUAUGGUUGAUAGCAAGGACUUUAGAAAAGGCAUUAUACAGUUGGAGUGGGAACACAAGAAAAACAUCAUGCAAAUUGAAGAUUUACAACGAAAAAUGAGAGACAUUAACAUGAUGAAAGUUACAAGACAAAUACAGUCGUUCCUGAAUGAAGAAGAUCAUGAAGCAAAGAGAGCACAGGAGGCAGCUGUUUUAGAACAAACAAUCAUGAUGCAGAAAAAACAUCAUGAGAAAAAUGUGGAAGAGCACAAAAAGAUUGUGAAAGACCUGAAGAAAGCUAUCCAACAGAGAGAGGAGGAGAAUAAAUCACUUGAAAGAGAUUUGGAAGAAUUGAAUGUCUCUGUAAAUGAGAGGAGUCACAUUAACGAUGUCAAUGCUGACAAAACAGGAGAUGGUGGGCGUGACCGUCGCUACCAGGAGAUUGUCCAGCGUCGUAAGUUAGUGGACCUGGCCAAAGCUCAGGCUCAAGAGGUGGCUGUGCUCAGAGCUGAGGUUGAGAGGCUCAGGAUGAGAACAUUCCCUGCUCUGGUGCAGGUGGAGCACUAAUAGGUUGAAUGUGAGGGGCUAUUCAUGGUGAAAAGACUUGUGGGAAGCUACAACUUGAAACUACUAGAAAUACUGUUUUGGUGAAUUUUGACAAGUUUUAUCACUGUAGACUUAAUUGAAUUACUAUUUACAGUACAGAAAAAAAACUUUUGUGACCACUGCAAACAGGCUUCCUUCUUGGCCUUGCAUUUUAUUAGCUACUAAAACAACUUAAGUGUACAUAUUCCGUCCAAAAUCUGUGCAUAUAAAUGUUUGCAGCCACUUAUCCAUGUUGUGUAUGGGCAAAGAAUAAAGUUAGGUGUAUGUCAGAUUCACAAAUAAAUUGCACAUUUUGGCUUACUUUCAAAGAGUAAUUACUGCAGUUCAAUAUUAUAAUAUGUUCCAUCAUACAUUACUGAAGAAAAAAACAAAUGUGAACUGUGUAAGAGCCUCACAGCAACUUCUAAGAAAAAAAUAUAUAUUACAUAAUGGAUUAUUUGUUUGUAACAUUCUUGAAUCUUUUUGCAUAUAAUCCUUUCCUGUGAUAUUGUGUAAAUAUUCUGAAGAUUGUGUAGUAUGUUUAAUAAAAUAAUCAUA